UCCAAAAGCAAAUCCUACACGCGCUGCGCGCUCUCUCUCUCUCGAGCUGCUGCUGUUAAUGGUACAGCCAGCCAGCCCCGCCUUUGGCCUUGGUGGGAGAACCAGAUGCCUUUGAUGUGUGAGUGAGAGAGAGAAUUGCAGGCAGGCAGCGUGGGACGGACUAGGAGAGAGAAAGUGGUGGUGCUGGAUACAUUAGCAAGCCAACAAAAAAAAUCGGCAGCCAUUUCCUUUCUUCCCCUUUUGCGCAGCCUUGCCUCGCUUCCCCCUCCUCCCUCUCCUCUCCUCUCCUUCCAGAGCCCAGAACCAGAAAUCGAAGCAGCCUCCGGCGCCGCAGAGCUCCGUCCGAGGUCCUCACCUUCCUCCCCGUCUGCUGGCGGCGUGGAUCUACCGGCAGGAUGCUCGCUCCCGCGCGCGCGCCGCUCGUGGAGCGGCUGUGAAGGGAAAGAAAGGUGCCUGAUGAGGUAGUGGGCGGCCAAGGAAGCAAAAGUUUCUUGCUAUCCACCUGUUGAACUUAUCCAACUUGGUAUGCUGGAGUGCAAGGAUAAGAGCAGGCCCAAUUGCUUGACAGCUCUUGGGUUAUUGGUACCGACUGUAGCAGCAGCAGCAGAUCUGGGGGGAGCAGCGAAGGCGUUCAUCAGAUGUUAUCCAGUGAGCACCCUUCAGGCCCCUCAUGUUCCUCCAAGUCUGCUGCCCCGGGUGUGAGCGCUGAUCCGGCGACGACGUCCGUGGCCGAGGAGCCGGCGAGCCAGGAUCCCAGAGAUCUCGUCCAACCGUAUCCCAAGUUCUCCAUAAGAGAUUAUGUUUUUGCUGCAAGGAGCAAAGGCAUCAAGAGAAGCUGGCCUUUCCAUCCACACUCGUUGGAGCUUUGCCUGAAUCACGGCGUGAAGGAUCCAUUGCCUCCAUUUGAGCCUCCUGAUUUGAUCCGGUCACAGCCAUUAAAUACUUCCACAGACGUUGAGCAACCUGCUGCAUGCUCAGAAGCCAUCAUUAGUGUUGGUCUGGUGAAGAAUAGAGAUGCUGGUUCGUCAAACGAGUAUACAGGCGAUAUCAACUUCCAGUCAUGCCAACCAGUAGAUGAGUCCCUUGCACCUACGCCAUACACAUCACCAGAGGAUGGGAAAUCUAGUAUCGACCAAGUGGGAAGUACAAACGAAUCAGAUCAUACUGAUGAGGCUAUACCUAUAGAUCUGCAAGAUAAUAGCUGUACAAAAGCAAGUCGGAGAACUGAGGUUGCUGUGCCUUUGCGUCGAUUGAGAAAUAUUGACUCAUCUUGCGAGCCAUCUGAAAAGAAGUGCAAAUUUGUAGUGAAGUUAGGUGCCUCGACAGAUAUUCGGCGGGCAGAGGAUAUUGCAUCGAACUCUAGCUCAGUUUCAGAUCCAAUGGCUUCAAAGACUUGUCCUGUUUGCAAAGUAUUUGCUUCCACUUCGAACACCACAUUGAAUGCUCACAUAGAUCAGUGUCUUUCUGCUGAGUCUAAUACUGAGCAUGUUGAAACAGUCCUUGUGAAAUCUAAAGUGAAGCCAAGGAAGAAGCGAUUGAUGGUGGAUAUAUACAAGACUGCUCUUCCAUACACCCUUGAGGAUCUUGAUCGGAGGAAUGGCACUAAUUGGGCAGUUGAGUUGGCUAUGUCUCCAGUGAGCAAAGAGGUUUGCACUGAGAACCGAAGCCCAGAAGUGGUAUCGUUUGACAGAAGAGAUGAUGAAAGAGAAGGAGAUGUCUAUGUUGAUUCUAACGGCAUAAAAAUUAGAAUUCUGUCCAAGUGUAAUGAUGUACCUUCGGUGAGGGAUGACCUUGGUUCAAGGAAAGUUGUAAAGCAUGGAACUGGAAAAGGUAUACUGACGAGCAAAAAGAUGCUGAAGUCAAAACUUUUGAAGAAUAAGAAGCUCAAGAUGCAUGGAAAGAAGUACAACAAAACAAGCCAACUGAACUCCCAGGUUCAAGCAUACCCACAUGACGAUAUUAAUGAGGAAACCUCUGAGGAGGAGCAGCAAGCGUGGAAUCCUUCUGAAAGCACCAGCAAUUGUGGUUCCAGGACUAUGCAGCAGUGGGUGUGCUCCAAACGCUCAGAUAUCAACAAGAGUUUAAGCAGAAAACAUAGUGGUAAAAUAUUUGAUAAAGUGACACCUGGAGCACAGAAAUCGGAUAGGAGCAGCAUGCUUGGCUUUAAUGAUUCUCAAGUUCGAGAAAGUCCUGCUGGGGUGUUUUCUUCUGAGUCACCAGAAUACAUGGCGACAACUUCAGAAGCCAUUGGUGUUGAGCAGAGUAAAGGUCCUUCAAAAGUGCUUAGAUCGAUUCCUACAUGGUCUUCAAAAACUCAUCUGCAGAGCACUGUCAUGCCAAAAGUACCUAGAUCAGCUGCUGCUCUUGCAAAGAGAAAAAUUAAGGAGAUUGGGAGAAGAGAAGCUACCAAAUUAGAUAAUUAUGAUAUAGUGAGGAAUCACACUUCAGCGAAAAGAUCUGAAGCUAGGAGUCUUUCCUUGUCCACUGCAGGGCCAAGCAAUGGACCAAACAGGUUAGCAUCUACAUCAAAGAAGAUCCGGAAGCACCGAUCUCUGUUGAGGACUGGCAAGUGUGCAUUUUCACCUUCUAGUACUAGAUUAGUUCAUGGUUUUGGGGAAGAGCAUGAACUUGAUACCAGUCAUGUAAAUAAGAAACUCAGGGUUACUAGUAAUGAGGGCCCCAAGAAGUUUUUGAAGCAUACUGAAGAGGAUACUGCAGAUAAUGACUUCUCUUUUGCAAGUGACAUGCCAGUAUCGGGACAACAGAAUGAUCAAUAUGAUAUUGCACAGGAAACAGAGGGUACACAAAUGGAUUGUGAAGGUGAAGAUGCUGAAACUGAUGUGCCAUAUGAUUCAGUAUCCAGAAGUGAUCCUGCUGACUGUUGCAACCAAAUAAGUGAUGUUUCUCUGAGUCCUGAAAAUAAUAGAACAGCAGAUGAUGAUGUUUUGGUUGAAGGCUAUAGUGUAGCCGUUGAGGAUCCAGACUCCAGUGAGCAAUUAGCACAUGGCCAUGAAUCCAACAGUGCUGCCAAUAAUGAAGUGGAAGAAUGGCAGAUGGAUCCGACCUCAACAAAGGAAUCUAGUCCCUGCUUGACUAGUAACAGGGACAUGGGCCCUGGAGGUCCUCAGGAUAACUCAUCAAUAACAUCAAAUGGAGAAAACUCUAAUCAAGAGCAUGAUCUGCCACUCGGACAGGACUCACUAGAUUCUCCUAUUUCGACUGCCUCAACUAUGUCCCCUCCAGCUGCUUUGAAGGAUUCAAGGACUAACGAGGAAGAACCUGGCCCAUCUACUGGUAGAACUGUUGAAGAGCAAAUCACUGGGUGCUUGAAUCAAGAAACCAAGACAAUACCUGUGGCCACAGAAGGUGAACAACUGCCCAAUGAGAAACCUUUCCGUUGUUCUUGCAAGGAGAACAUUUCCAGAGAGUCUCAUCAAAGUGCUGUUGCCAGACCAAUGCUGAAUUUUACUGGAAAGCAGGUUCCGCAGUUGCACAUUGGUUCGAGGGCAUCAUCAUCUUUCAGCACGUACCAAAGAACCAGCACAAAGCCCAACCCUUGCUUAGAUUCACAUGAUCAUCUUUUAGCGGCUAAGGUUUCAGCGGAAUCUGCUAUCAACCUUCCUUAUGCAACAGAUUGUAUAAGCCCCUCAUUACAAACUCAGCUUCCUUCACCAUCAAAUCCUAUCCUGAGGCUGAUGGGUAAGAAUUUGAUGGUGAUGAAUAACGAAGAGAGUCUGCAUCCUCAAGCACCAAGUUCAGACUACAUCUUGAGAGGGAAUUACGCGGCACCUGUUGGUUUUAUGCCUCCAAACUACCAACAUCUCAGUAAUUCUGCAUUUAUCAACAUGCCACCAACCACAGCCAGUCACCAAAUUCCUCUGCCAAGUGUUCAAGCUAGCAGCUUUGUUGCUCCUCCGUUGCAUGGUGGUUCUAUGAUGCAAUCUGACCAUCAUUCCCAGCAGAAGUCCUACAGAAACAUUAUGCCUGUCAUGCAUCAUCCGACCUACAUGAUGAAAGAAGUGAUUGUGAUAAAUGAUUCUCCUGAACGCAGAAGUGAGCCACAAGCUAGCAUGCUUUUCCCCCCUGCUACACCUCCAACACUCCCGGUACCAAACAAUAUGCCACCCCAUCCAUUUUACCGCCUUCCACCGCAAAGCCCAGUUUUUCCAAGGGAGAGGGCUGUUGGAUCCAUGCCUGUAUACGCAAAUGUUGGCUCAGUGGUUGGUGUCAAUUCAAGUCAAGGAAGCCAAACGGAAGUAGCCAAUUCUUACAUGCCAAAUCCGUUCUUCGUCCAGUCUCGAACUGGUUACAUAAACCCGCCAGUGUACUAUUCACAGAAUUUGCGGUGACAAUUUCUCAGUAACUCAAAUGACCAGGAGAACUCCAUUUAACUUGCCGGUCAUCACUGUCAAAGUGGGGGGAAUGAGAGUUUCGUGAUGGGUCUAAAAUGCUGAGAUUAGUGAACCUGCAUGAGAUGUCUGACUUUCAUGAGGAUUUUCACAUAGGUUGCUUUAGUUUUUUUUCCCUUAAAUGUACAACAUGUUUGCCGUCAAAAGUAUUUUAAUUACUUUCUGCAAAGUUGCAGUAAAUUAUAGUAUGCAAUUCCCAACAGUUCUGCAAAGGAAUAUAUCUGAGUAUUUAUCGAAAAA